AUAUCACCACCAAAUGAAAAUCGUGUUGUAAUGAAUCCAUACAGACCGUGGUGGGAGCGGUAUCAGCCUGUCAGUUAUAACUUAGUCACUAGAAGUGGAAAUGAAAAUGCUUUCAGAGAUAUGGUUUCAAGAUGUAAUAAUGCAGGUGUGAGGAUCUAUGUGGAUACUGUUAUAAACCACAUGACAGGCACUGGUGGUACUGGACAUGGAACAGGAGGAUCACCAUAUGAUGCAAACUCUCUCAAGUUCCCUGCUGUUCCUUAUGGUGGAAAUGAUUUUAAUGGACAUGAUAACUGUCAUACUGGCGAUCUCAGUAUUCAUAAUUAUAAUAACGCCGAGGAAGUGAGAAAUUGUAGACUGGUCGGCUUAUCCGAUUUACGAUUAUCGUCAGAUUAUGUAAGAGGCAAAAUUGCCGACUAUUUGAAUCAUUUGAUCGAUCUUGGAGUUGCUGGUAUUAGAAUUGAUGCAGCUAAGCACAUGUGGCCAGGGGACAUAGCUGCUGUCUUAUCUAAAACUAAACUAUUGAGAUCAGAUAUAUUUGGAGGUGGUAAAAGACUAUUUGUCUACCAAGAGGUAAUUGAUAUGGGUGGAGAAGCCAUCAAAGGUUCAGAAUAUGUACGAAGUGGUCGAGUGACAAAUUUCGUAUAUGGUAUCAAGCUUGGUGAAGUAUUCCGGAAAAAAAAUCCAAUGAAGUAUUUAAGAAAUUUUGGGGAAGGGUGGGGUAUGAUGAAUGGUGGAGAUGUUCUUAAUUUUAUCGAUAACCAUGAUAAUCAAAGAGGUCAUGGCGGUGGUGGAUCUGUUUUAACUCAUUGGGAAGCGAGACCUUAUAAGAUGGCUACUGCAUUUAUGUUAGCACAUCCAUAUGGAUUUCCAAGAGUUAUGAGUAGUUUUGAAUAUAACAGAGCUGAUAAUUCUGCUGGGCCACCACACAACAGCGAUAUGUCUAUUAAAGAUGUGUCUAUUACGAGUGAUGGAACUUGUGGAAAUGGUUGGUCAUGUGAACAUCGGUGGAGACAAAUUUAUAACAUGGUUGCUUUCCGUAACAGUGCUGGUUUUACUGGACUGGCCAAUUGGUGGUCAGGUGCUGAUUAUCAAAUAGCUUUUUCUCGUGGGAAUAAAGCCUUUAUAGCAUUUAAUUUGGAAGGUUAUGAUUUGAAUACUUAUUUGAAUACUGGUUUAGCUGGUGGUAUAUAUUGUGACAUUGUCACGGGUGAUUUAAGUAACGGGAAAUGCACUGGUAAAACUGUUCUUGUUGGUGAUGAUGGGAGAGCACAGAUAAGUGUCAGCCAUAGCUCUCCAGACCCCUGGAUCGCUCUGCACAUAGGU